UGUUAAAUAUUAUAUUAACGUUAUUUUUAUGAUAAUUAGUUUAUGCCUGACUUAUAGUACUUGUAUUGAUGUAAAGACAACAUCGGGUGUAGUGAGGGGUCAAACGAUAGAUGUGUUGAACGUAAGUAUUGACCAGUUUUUGGGUAUACCUUAUGCCGAACCACCCGUCGGGAGACUUCGGUUCGCCAAACCUGAACCCAUCAAAACACCCAAACCGGAUAUAAUCGAUGCGACAAAACCUAAAAACUCGUGCAUUCAAAACGUGUCAUUACUUGUCCCAAAUCUAACGUUCAGUGAAGACUGUUUGGUAUUAAACAUAUGGACACCAAAUGCGGGCAAUAAUAACACAAACAAAUCACAGCCAAAACCCAUCAUGUUUUUCAUACACGGCGGGGGCUUAACGAGCGGCUCUAUAUUUAUGGACUUUUUUAACGGCAAAGCUUUGGCCACAAAUGAUGUAAUGAUUGUCUCAACAAACUAUAGGUUAGGACCGUUUGGUUUCCUAUACGGGGAUCGGGAGGACGCGCCCGGAAAUGUUGGACUCUUUGACCAGUUAUUAGCUCUCAAAUGGGUUAGAGAGAAUGCUGAACAGUUUGGCGGAGAUAGGGAUCAGAUCACUAUUUUUGGCCAAAGCGCCGGCAGUUGGUCCGUAUCGACACAGAUAUUCAGUCCGUUAACAAAGGGUUUAUUCAAGAGGGCUAUUAUGGAAAGCGGGGCCAUUGUGUACAGCAAAAGCCGGGACCCGAUCAGCACCGGUGAAGCCUUACAGUCGGCCAAAGAUAUAGCAAAACGUUUUAAUUGCAGUGAAUCUGAGGAGUGGUUACAGUGUUUAAGAGAAAUACCGGCCGAUAAGCUACAGACGACCGCAAUCUUCCCGACAUUCCCGGUCUUAGGGACUGAAUAUUUGCCAAUUUCUGCCCAAAAAGCUUUUCAAAAAAAAAAUUUUAGGACAGGGCUAGUGAGGGAUGAGGGCUCAAGUCUGGCAGAGCCUAUGGUGGGACCCCUGCCUAACCCUCUAACCGUCGAGUCAUUCAAACAAUACAUUAAUAAAACUAACGAUAUAUACCGGGGUCUGGAUGUCCAGCGAUGGACAGACUAUUAUCUGCAAACUGUGAACCAAUCGGACGCCCGGGCCCUCCGCUGGGCUUUCUAUGAAUUUUUAGGCGACAUCACAAACAAGUGUCCGACUUAUUUGUUUGCCAAACAAUUUUAUUUAAACCGGGAUAGAUCUCAUAAUGUCUAUUUUUAUGAGUUAACAUAUGAAAAUCCUAUAGUAGCUAAACUUAUGAAGUGCGAUCCGGAGACCAUGGGCAUUUGUCACGGUAUGGAUAUCCCAUAUGUGUUUGGUUUACCGUUGACUACACCGGGAUUUACACCCGAAGAUCAGGCGCUCAGUCGUGCGGUUAUGAUAAUGUGGACACGACCCGACGGAUAA